GUCGACCUGUAAAAGCCUGUAUAAUCCUGUAUGUGUAGCAUUACUGGUGAUCCACAUACCACUUGAACCAGCGGUAUGCAAGAUUUCCAUUUUGUAGAUGUUUUCAUGCUCAAUUUGGGACAGUAAUAAUAUAACACUUGUGUUUGUUCUCUGUAACCGGCUGUUCUGUCCCCUUUGAUGAAUGGGAUCAAGCAUAUCAUACGGACGGCCUAGCUAGCUAGAUAAACAAGGCGAUGAAUAAUCAAGAAAGCAACCACCGUACCGGAACGCAAUGCCGUUUUACCUGUGAGAAUGGAAGCUUGUGUGAUUCAGUCUAGUUGCUUUGGCCCGUUGGAACGGACAAGUUUGUUGGUUGGCCCUGACCCGUGAUUGGAUUCUCCGCUGUGGCCAGGCAGGCGGGCCACUUUGUGAGUUGUGAUGCCCGGUGUGGACUGGAUACUCCAAAAAAACAAAAAGAUAUGGUAAUGCGAUUGUAGAUAUUCGGGUAUGGAAAUAUGCAUGGAUAUUCGGUCGGCUGGAGCAUCGGCCUGCGAGCGUUUACUCUACCACUAGCAGCAGUAGUAGUAUCUGGGAAGAGAGCGGUUGCGUGGCGGCGAAAGCGCUGAACGAACACGCACGCUUUUUUGAAGGAAAAUAUCGGAACUGGGAAACGGCGGGGAGAAGGAGAAGCCGGCGGCGAGCGAGCGAACGACAGAGACCGUUCCGAAGUAAAAGGAGGUCGGCAGAGAGGAAGAAAGCGAUCAAGUCCACAGUCUAGGUAGAAGAACAAGUUGGAACCGGCAAGCAAAGCCAGGCAGGCAGGCAGGCGCGCACAAGCAAGAUCCAAUUCCCAUCCGUCGCCGCGUCCUCUACUCUACCAAGCGCAUACGAUACGAGCGAGCCCAUAAAUACGGGACGCCAUGCCGCAUACAUACUCUUCCCUCCCUCCCUCCCGCAUCCCCGCUGCUUCUUUUACCACCGCAGCCGUCUCCUCCCGCUCUCGCCCCCGCCCGCCGCCUCUUUGUCCUCCUCAACCUCAACCUCAACCUCCGCCGCCGCGCUGCGCCUCCUCAUCCUCAGAAAUGGAGGCCAGUUCUAGCACUGCUCUCUACCCUCAGCGCCGCUGCAAAAACAUAUACCUGGUGAGGCAUGCUCAGGGUAUCCAUAAUGUGGAAGGCGAGAAGGAUCAUAGCGCCUACAAGUCGCCUGCGCUAGUUGAUGCUCAUAUCACCCCUUUGGGCUGGAGCCAAGUUGAUUGCCUGCGAGACCAUGUGAGGGAAUGUGGACUAGCGAAAAAGAUUGAGUUGGUUGUUGUUUCCCCUCUAAUGAGGACUAUGCAAACUGCAGUGGGGGUCUUCGGUGGUGACAACUGUACUGAUGGAGCAAGUACAUCACCAUUACUAAUGGUACAAGGCGCUGGACACAGUGGGCGUCAGGCGAUUUCAAGUUUGGACUGCCCGCCGUUUCUCGCAGUUGAGGCCUGCAGGGAGCGCCUGGGUGUUCAUCCCUGUGACAAGAGGAGCAGCAUAACAAAAUACCGUACUCUCUUUCCUGCCAUUGAUUUUUCGCUGAUCGAGAAUGAUGAAGAUGUUCUUUGGGAACCCGAUGUCAGAGAAGCGAUUGACGUUGUUGCUGCCAGGGGCAUGAAGUUCCUUGACUGGUUAUGGACAAGAGAAGAAAAUGAGAUAGCUAUUGUCACCCACAGUAGUUUCUUGGAUUUCACUUUAAACAUGUACAGUAAAGAGUGUCAUCCAACCAUAGCAGAGGAUAUGCGCAAACGAUUUGCAAACUGUGAGCUCCGGUCGAUGGUGUUGGUCGACAGAAGUAAGCUUGGAUCGGAUACCCCUACAUGCGAUUUCCCUGGGAAGAUACCGGCCGGACUUGAUCUGCCUAGUGAUGUCGCGGACAAGAAGCACACUGAAGAAGCUAGCAGUGGGAACCGGGGAGCGGCUGGCUGUCUAGAGCACACGCACAUGAGCUCGCCCACUCGCCUCAUUUCUACCUAACAACGUAGAGUCGAGGGAGGGAACUUCCCCCCUUUUAAUCACAUUUCUCUUGAAGAAUCUAGCAAGAACCGAGACUCUUGACCUCACAAUGGUCGAGUUUCAGUUGCAUGAUUGAUGUUGAAGCAAAGAUAAGAGGCACCUACGGAUAGGAUUUAUCAUCUGUCGCUCUGGAGUAUGAUUAGAACAGUUCAUUAUGUUCGUUAUUUGGUUUAUUGUCGGAACACAUACCCAAAUUCAUGGGAGUAAGGAUGAUUUAUACAUGUAGCCAUCUUGUUAAUCUAUGACAUCAUGUCAGAUAUACUUUCCGGCUGUUGUUCCUUUUCA